AUGGUUAAAAUUUCAGCAGUUCUUUGCAUUACAAUUUUAUUUGUUGGUAGCAUCUGGGCAGCCGGAGUUUGUAAUUCCUGUGGCAGUGAGUGCGCUCCCGCGUGUGGCACUCGCUACUUCAGAUCAUGCUGCUUUAACUAUCUAAGGAAGAAACGAGGACCUGAUGACUUUAAAAUCCUGUCCUCAAACGAUAGGAAGCCACAAAGUAUCCAGAGGACCAUCCCGUUGUUCUCUGAAGGAGAAUCUUGGAAUAUGCCAAAUGAUUUUAAACUUCACUCAUAUGAGGAUAUGGUUGAGAAUCAACUUCAAGCUAUGUAUGAUGUA